CCCUCCUAUGCGGUCAUCACGAGCUGUUGCUAUUCCGUUCCUAACGGCCCAUUUCCAACCAGUCUACCAUACCAAGUGCCCAUGCCAGUUUCCACACAAUGCUGAGUUUCCUGUUUCUCCUCUCGGGCCUUGGUCUCCUGACAUCCGUGGCUCUGAGUUCUGAAAAGCCAUUUCUGCACAUAACAGUGCCAGAGGAGAUUGGAGCCAGCACCCACCAAGGUCAUGUUUCAGAAGCGCAGGUUACCUACAUUCUCAAGAUUGGGAACGAAUUUCACACUCUUCUUCUUGAAAAACAGUCAUUUUUAUCACCUUAUUUCAUGGUAUAUUCAUACGACAAAUUAGGAACACGGAAUAUGAUUUCUUCACAAAAACUGGAUCACUGCUUUUACCAAGGGCAUAGUAAAGAGUUUCCCAGAUCAUCAGUGACACUAAACAUCUGCUCUGGACUCAGGGGAGUGUUACAAUUUGAGAUGGUCAGUUAUGGAAUUGAACCGUUGGAAUCUUCAGGUAGUAAUGAACAUAUCAUUUUUCAAAUGAAGAAUCAUGAAACUGGUUAUUCACCUUUACAAGAAUAUCAAGAAAUGACUCAAAGUAUAAGCAAGUCCUACAAGAUUCUGGUCAAAUCAGAGAAACCGUCAGAUGUUGCCCUACAGAAAAGUACUCUGAAAAUACAGAUCGUUAUGGAUAAAGCCAUGUAUGAUUUUAUGGGCUCUGACGCAGACCUGGCCACUGAAAAAGUUGUUCAUAUAUUUGCUCUUGUUAAUUCUAUAUUUUCUCAAUUAAAAACAACGAUUUUGCUGACUUCUCUGGAGCUCUGGUCAGAAGAAAAUAAGAUUUCAACAAGUGGAACUGCUGAGGAAAUAUUACAGAGAUUCCUGUCAUGGAAAAAGGCAAAUAGACUUCAAAGUCCCAGUGAAAUGUCCUAUUUAUUGAUUUACAGAGACUAUGCUGACUUUGUGGGAACAACAUAUUAUGGAAUGGCAUGCGAUCCAAAGUUGGCUGUAGGAGUUGUUCUGUAUCCAAUGGUGAUAACUUCGGAGGCAUUUUCUGUUGCUGUGGUACAAUUGCUUGGAAUUAAUCUGGGAUUAACAUAUGAUGUCACGUCUAACUGUUACUGUCCUGGAACUGUGUGCCUAAUGAAUCCUGAAGCAAUACAAUCCAGUGGUGUGAAGCAUUUUAGCAGUUGCAGCAUGGAAGAUUUUCAACAGUCAAUAUCACAGCCUGUAUUGGAAUGUCUUCAGAAUGAAAAACCUCCAAUAGUGGAUUACCAAGGAAAAUCUUCAACUUGUGGCAAUGGUGUUUUGGAAGGAAACGAGGAAUGUGACUGUGGCAUUCCAGAGGUGUGCACUCACAAAAAGUGUUGCAAUGCUUUGGAUUGUAAGCUGAUUGAAUUUGCUGAGUGUGGCAGUGGAAAGUGCUGUGAUAAAAAAACUUGCAAGAUACUCAAGAGAGGAAGACUGUGUAGGAAAAGCUCCGAUCCAUGUGAUUUUCCAGAAUUCUGCAAUGGGACAUCUGCAUAUUGUGUACCUGAUGUGAAAUCAGCAGACUUGGAACCAUGCAAUAAUAACAGUGCCUACUGUUUUCAAGGAAGGUGUCGAGAUCGAGACAGGCAAUGUGCAGAACUCUUUGGAGAAUUUUCUAAGGGUGGCAAUUAUCUGUGUGUCGAAGAAGUGAAUUUUCAAGGUGACAACUUUGGAAACUGUAAGACCAAAUGCAACUUUAAUCACGUUCUUUGUGGAAAGCUAAUAUGCAGGUGGUCAAAAUCGUCCAUAGUGGUAAAGAAAAAUUAUGACAUACAAUACAUGUAUCUUGGAGGCCAAGUCUGUAUAUCUGCAAAGUUAAGACAAGAUCAAACAGCUGAUGAUACCUAUGUGGAAGACGGUUCUAUAUGUGGUGACAACAGAAUGUGUUACCAAGGAAGUUGCUCGGACAUCGACAUUUAUCCAGCGAAACCCAGUUGUAACUCAAAACAGCUGUGUAACGGGCAUGGCGUUUGCAAUGAUCGUCUUAAUUGUCACUGUGAUGCUGGAUAUUCUCCCCCUUAUUGUGAGGCAACAAAACAUUCACCAGGAGGGAGUAUUGAUGAUGGAUUUUGGAACCGUCCAGGUAAGGGAUUUUCCUUGCCAGAAGGAUAUCAGCGUUCUGGACCAAAGAAAGGCCUUUUAUUCAGUUUAUACUUUUAUCUACCACUCUUUGUUAUCAUUGGUGUCAUUGCUCUGAAGUGGAAUAAAUUGAAGAAAUUUUGGCAAAGAGAAGAACCUUUAAGUGAAGGAUCAUUAACGGAAGAAAGUAGUGGUAACAGCAGUGAGUCAUGGAAUUAAAGUCACUAAUCCGUAACAGCAGAAACAAUAGACUGGAGGAAGGAUAUGACCAAGAAUCACUGCUAACUGCAUUGACUCAAGAAUGAAAAACCGUGUCUGGCUUGGCUUUCCUUUAGUUGUGACUUUCAGGUUUCACUUCCACUAAAGAAAAUAAAUCCUGCGACUGUGAGUGAA